CUCGGCUACUCUGUUUGGAAGGAUGACACAGAGUUUCCGAGGAACUCCGCAAGGAGUUAAUCUUUCCUUUGUAAAUGGUGGCCUGACUGGUGGAGCAGAAGCUUUACACCAAGUUGAAGCCAAAUACCCAGCUUUGCUUUUCAAGCAACAACGUACAGCAUUUGUAGAAAAGAUUUAUGGAAUGAUUCGAGAUAACCUUAAGAAAGAGAUUUCUCCAUUGCUUGGGUUGUGCAUCCAGGUAAUUGAAUCUGUUGGGUAAUAUGAGUCAUUCAUCUGCCCAGGUAAGAAAUACUUCUUUACAUAUUUUUGGUCAAUUCUCAGAUCAUGUCACUGUAGUUAAUAUACAUUAAUGGAUCAAAUUGAUGGUUCUCAUCACACACAUACUCAUUUAGUGUAUGCUAAUGCUUGAAAUGGUGUGUGGCCUUGCUACA